AUGCGUCCUUCCUACCUCAUGGCACUGGGUGCCGCAACCCUCUCCGGCUUCACCACAGCCAGCCGAUUUCCGCGUCUCGCUCCGGGCUGUGAGAACGCCGACUGCAGCACGGUGCCUGCUCCCAAGGUCGUCCGCGGCAUCAUGUCUGUUCGCGACGACAGAUGCCAGUACUCCUGCCAUGUGCGCAACGUCCGGGAUCGGGCUCAGAGGCAGGAGCAGGCAAUGGCGGCCGACUCGGCCGCCGAGGUGCCCGUGGCCGAGGCGGGCGAGGACGGGUGGGCUGGCGCCGGCGCUGCGACGCAGCGCAGCGCCCCCGACCUGGGUCUGGAUAGCGGCGCCUUUGCUGCCAUCCUCGCUGCCCAACACCAGCGUGGCAAGCGCGCUGACGCGGUCGAGGAGCAGCAAGUGCCCGUCGGCCAGUUUGACGUGUCCGUCACCAACAUUCCCCGCCGCAGCGAAGGUCUCUGCAAGUUUGCCAUGGACAUCAUCGACACCCCCGGCACAGUCGGGGCGUCCAUCAUGUGCCCGGGCGGCGGCGUCGCCCUGAUGGAGGGCAUGACACGCGCCACCGCGGCGCUCUUCGCAGCCCGUCUGGCCGUCGAGUACGACGCCAGCUGUGCCAUUUCCGACGCUACCUCCUACCACGUCGUGGACAGCCCCGAGGACAGCAUCCUGGUCUUCAGCCCGGACGACAACGUGGAGAGCAGGACAGCGGUGGUGGGAACCAAGACCGAAGUCUUCUUCCUGAACUGCGGCGCUGUCUUCCUGAGUCGGCCUACGAUGGGAUUCUCGGGUACGUACGUGUCUGCCCAGGUCAGGAUGCUUCGCGAUUCGCGCGGCCUCAUCCCCGUCAUGGCCGAGUUCUUUCCGCCAUCCGUGUUUGGUGAAAAGAGCCUGCGCGACGACUACAGCGCCAAGAACCCGCCAGCAUGGCUGAAGGAAGCCGUGGCAGAGGUCUAA